AUGGCUUCAGGUAAAGGGAGCGUCCUGAUUACUGGUUGUACGACCGGAUCCAUAGGACAUGCAUUGGCUCUGGAAUUCCAAGUGCAAGGUUAUUAUGUCAUCGCCACGUCCCGCAAGUUGGAAACCAUGCAAGAUCUCGUUCAGAGCAACGGAAUUGAGACUGUAUCGCUUGACGUAUGCAGCGAAGAUAGCAUCGCUAGAGCAAAGAAACAGAUUGAGGUGUUGACGGCUGGGAAGCUCGAUUACCUGGUCAACAACGCUGGAGGCGACGCUGGACCUGCCCCUGCACUCGAAAUGGACAUUCCUCGCGCGCAGCGUACCUUCGAUCUUAACUUCUGGGGCACCGUGCGUAUGGUGAAAGCUUUUACCCCUCUGCUCAUGCGCAGCGGUGCGGGCCACAUCGUGAACAUCAGUAGUGUCACGGGCAUAAUUCCCAUCCCGUACCUGAGCGUGUAUGGAUCGGCGAAGGCGGCGCUGAACCAGUACUCCGAUGUACUACGGGUUGAGCUAACACCCUUCAACAUCUCAGUGACAGCCGUGAUAACGGGCUCCAUCAGCAACUCAAAGAAUAGGACGACCGACGACUUUGUGCUCAAACUCGAGCCUAACUCGCCUUACGAUUUCGCAAAAGCAGCACAUAGAGAGGCUGCUGAGAAGAACGCCGGAGAAAAGGGUCAGAUGCCUGCAGCAGAAUAUGCGCGGCGAGUCGUACGGCACGUCACGCCCGGUCACAUCAAGCCGCACAAGUGGCUGUAUGUGGGGCCGAUCAUAUUCUUCGCCUGGCUUAUGCAGGUCUUCUUCCCUCGUUGGGUCACGGAAUGGAUCAUGACGAGCAUGUGGGGGCUGGACAAGCCUACUGGUGUGAGUAGCACCAAGCAGAGGAGGAAGAGGGCUUGA